ACAUAUUAAAGCCGGCCGGUAACCUGCGCGUACGCAUUCACGCAGCGAUCAGUCGUUUGCGCAUACGUGUCGAACACACGAGAAACGAACCAUCACAACAUUAAUUACUACAUAAAAACAAAUUAAUUUACACCUUAACACAAUAAAAACAAGUGUCAUAUUCAAUUGUGAGAAAAAAGUGUUGUUUAGUUAUUUAUUUAUCCGUUUGUGUGUCGUCAACUACGGAACAUCGAGGGAAAAGUAAGUCAUCAUUGAACUUGGAAAAUCUCACUGCUGCCAUGACACCGGUGAAGCCAGUCACACAACUACACAAGUCGUAGAUAUCUACAUUCUACAUAGUAUGUGUAAAGUCAUCCUUAAUGAAACUUUGACCUUAGAACCUAAAAUGCUGUGUUGGAUCUAAAAGAAAUUAUAAAACGAUUACCAACUAUAAUGUUGCUGUUUUAAGAGUCAUUGUCCUUUGAAUCAAUGUUGAAGAUAUAAGUAUAAAAAAUGAAGAACUACUUGAAGUCGAUGUCGAGUGUGAAGCUGGUGGUGCUGAUCUCCCUGUGGGUGGCGCCACUGGUGCCGCAGCCGACGCCGCCGGUGCAGCUGAGCGGCGGCGUCGCUCGCGGCACCGUGGCUCCCGACGGCACGUACCUGCAGUACUUUGGAAUACCGUACGCCACUGUUACACAUAGAUUUCAGGAGGCACAACCAAAUCCAACGUGGGAGGGCGAGUUCGACGCCCACAACGAGCACAUCAGGUGCAACCAGAGGUUCUUCAACCGCAUCAUGGGGGUCGAGGACUGCCUCACUGUGAACGUGUACACUCCUAUCGAGGCCAAUGGCAAGGCCCUGCCUGUCAUGGUGUUCAUCCACGGCGGAGGGUUCAGGGACGGCUCGGGCUCCCCCUUCAUCUACGGCCCAAAGUUCCUAGUCAAACAUGGAGUUAUACUAGUCACAGUCAACUACAGAGUUGAAGUACUUGGGUUCCUGUGCCUCGGUAUCAAAGAAGCUCCCGGUAAUAUGGGGUUAAAAGACCAAGUGCAAGCGCUGCAAUGGGUGAAGAGAAACAUUCGAGCGUUCGGAGGAGACCCAGAUAACGUAACAAUAUUGGGUGAGAGCGCGGGAGCUGCCUCUGUUUCAUAUCACUUACUAUCUCCGAUGUCUAAGGGAUUGUUUAACAAAGCGAUCAUGCAAAGUGGCUCCAGCUUGGCACCUUGGGCCUUACAAUUUGAGCCGCUAGAGACGGCGAUUCGUCUGGCACAAGAAAUGGGCCACACGACACGAGACCCUCUCGAGAUUUACAAAUUAUUCUCAAACAUGACCGCUGAGGACCUGUUGUCAUACCGAGUUCCACGACAAGAAGGUGACAUUGUGCAGUCGCAGAACAUCUUCGUGCCGUGCAUUGAAAAGAAAAUACACAGAGUGAAACAGUUCCUGCCCGACAGUCCUUACAACCUGAUCACGCGAGGGAAGUACAACAAGGUGCCUGUCAUUGUUGGCUUCAACGACGCGGAGGGUUUAUAUUUUGCUGGCAAAGAAAACGAAACUACUAUCGCAAACUUAGAUUUAUUUAAAGCAUUACCACGAGAUUUAACAUUUCCUUCUGAUAAAGAGAAAAAGGAAACAGCGGACAAAGUGCGUGAGUUAUACAUGGGAGAUGAGAAGUUUACAACAGAAAUUUCUUCUUUAGAAAAGUUGGCUCGAUUUGAGGGAGACGUGGGUAUCACAUACCCGGUAGUUGCCACCAUAGACCUACUUCUACGGACGCUGGACAAGGCAGUAUAUGCGUAUAAGUUCAGCUACGAUGGAUUACUGAACUUCUCCAAGUUCGCGUUUGGGUUCCGCAAAACCCCGGGCGCUACUCAUGCUGACGAAAUAUUCUAUCUCUUCAGCUCCUUGACACUGAAUGGUCAUCUAGAAAGGGACUUCAUUGAAAAAUUUACCACAUUAUGGACCAACUUUGCCAAAUAUGGCGACCCAACACCAUCGUCAUCUUCAAUCCUGCCGCGGUGGGAGCCAGCAGAGGCGCAGCGUCCCCGAGUGUACGUGAUAGACAAGGACAGCUCCGUGGCACCGGUGUGGGAUGAUGCAGGCCUGCUGUUCUGGAACCGAACCUACUCCUUGUACAGGAGAACUCAAUAACUAGGAAUAAAUUAGUACAAAUUCACAUCAAGCUAUACUACAUGCUGUUAAUAGAUUUUCAACUUUGUAAUAGUUGGUGUAGAAAAUGGUGAUAGCUCAGUAGAAUAUUUCGGGAAUAAAAAAAUCAGGAACGUAGCUUGCAGUGUGCAGUUUUAAUAAAAAGAGAAGUGAAUGACAUGACAUUUAAAUUAACAAAGGUCAGGGACUUUAAGCGCCUGUUACAAAUGUUAUAAUUAAAUCUUACAAACUAUGUCUUAUUGCUAUUCACAAUUUAAGAGGCGCUUCAACAUGCCGCCGGCCGUUGAAAGCUUGCCUUUCAACAGCUAGUUUCCAAUAAGGGACAAAUCUUAGAGAAUGCCCGUCUAACAGUGCCGGUUGCAGUCCGGAUAUCGGCUACUCUGCUUAUACCGUCUGUGCCAGGAUGAAGUGCAACAACGCGACCCAGCUUCCACUUCAUGGGUGGCUGGUUAUCCUCUUUUAUAACCACGAGGGUGUCCAGGUUCAGGCUGUCGUUGCCGGUCCGCCACUUCACGCGCUGCUGCAGCUCUGAGACGUACUCCUUGCUCCAUCUCGUCCAAAAAUGCUGCCGCAAUUGCUCAAGGCGUUGAUGGCGCGUCAAGUGAGAGGUGGAGUGAUCCCGUAAGUCCUUGACAGGAAGAGAGGUGAGAGGCCGUCCGAUUAAAAAGUGACCAGGAGUGAGAGGUAACAGGUCCUCAGGAUUCGACGAAAGUGGUGUGAGCGGUCGAGAGUUUAAAAUGCCCUCAAUUUGAAUCAGGAUGGAGUUAAGCUCCUCGUAAGUUAAAUUACAAUUGCCCAACACUCGGAGUAAAUGAUACUUGGUCGACUUGACACCCGCCUCCCAAAGACCACCAAAAUGCGGAGCGUAAGCAGGUAUAAAAUGGAAGGUUAUACCAUCCUGAGCCGCACUAUCAGAAAUGGAGUCACAAUUGCGCUUCAAAAACUCAGCAAUUUCAUUAUAUGCUCCUACGAAAGCAGUUCCAUUAUCGGAAUAAAUAUUGAGAGGUUUUCCUCUCCGAGACAUAAACCUGCGUAAAGCUUGUAAAUAAUUGUUGCUCGUCAAGUCACCCACCAACUCUAAAUGAAUGGCCUUUGUUGUGAAGCAUACGAAAAGUACUAUAUAUACCUUCACCAAUCUACAACCACGGCCUUGACGACUAGCCGAGGCAAUAGGGCCUGCGUAGUCAACGCCUACGUUUUGGAAGGGAUAGUCAGCUGGUGAGAGUCUGCUGAGUGGGAGAUUACCCAUCUGAGGAGCAAUUGUGCGAGGCUUUACUCGCUGGCACCGAACACACUGACGACAACAGGCUCUCGCUAAGUUGCGACCACCAAGGGGCCAGUAGGUCUCUCGUAUUGUGCUUAAUAAUAAUUGAGGACCUGCAUGCAUUAAUCUAAUAUGCUCAAAUUGAAAUAAAAGUUUAGCGAAAUGAUGAGUGGACUGUAUCAAAAUUGGGUGUUUCUUUGUGUAAGAAUAUUCUGAGUUGUGUAAACGACCUCCUAUACGAAUAAUUUUGUUAUUAUCUAAAAAUACAUUUAAAUUUAAUAAUCUGUUCUUAUGAGGUAACUGUUUAUUAUUUAGUAAUAAAUUAUAUUCUGGAAAAGACUCCUUUUGUGAUUGAAUAAUAGUAAAGUUCAAUGCAUCUUGUAAUUCCUGAGCAGUAAAAUAGGAUGUAUUUAUUGAGGAACAGCGUUUACAAAGAUUGAUAAAACGUAAAACAUAACAAAUAGAACGAUGUAAUCGACUAAAAUUAGAAAAUCGAUUGAAUUCGAUUACUCCUUUAACUAAAUCUCCAGUAGCAUGACUUUCUUGAGCUAAAUUAACUAAGAUAUUAUUAGGUUUGAGUUCUGGAAGAUUUUGAGUAUUUAUAGAAAUGGGUGGCCAUGUAGAACUGUCACAUUUUAAGAAACAUGGGCCGAACCACCACAAGUCCAGUGAUUGCAUAGCGGUCGGUUCUACCCCGCGUGUUAUCAAAUCGGCUGGAUUGUCGUGGGUCGAUACAUGUCUCCAACCACACGUACCGGAUAUUUCUAAAACUUCGGCAACACGGUUGCGAACAAAAGUGUUUAAUUUUAUAGGCAACAUUUUAAGCCAACCCAACACUAUCAUGGAGUCGGUCCAAAACACAACACUAGACGGUUGAAUGUGAAGGUGACUAACAACCUUUUGGUACAAACGUACACCAAGCACAGCAGCACAGAGCUCCAAUCGCGGUAUAGUCAACGGUUUAAUAGGAGCGAUGCGACUUUUGGCUGUAAAUAAUCGCACAUCGACAUCACCCUGCUCAUUAAUACUGCGAACAUACAAACAAGCUCCGUAUGCUUGCUCCGAAGCGUCGGUAAAAAUGUGAAAUUCAAAUUGUUUGUAUGCGUCACAGACUACCCGACGUGCUAUCCGCAAAUUGUGAAUACACGGUAAGUUUUUAAUUGUGUUUGCCCAUAUUGCUGUAAUGUCAGGUGAUAAGUGAUCGUCCCAUUCUAAUUUGUCUAGCCAUAAUUUUUGAAGCAACAUCUUCAUGCUCACGACACACGGUGCUAACAACCCUAAAGGAUCAUAAAUUUGUGCUAUUACUGCCAACAUGCCACGCUUAGUAUUUACCGUGCAGUCGGGAACCUUUAUAGGAAAAAAGAGAUCAUCUGUGUCAGUUCGCCAACUAAGUCCUAGUGUUUUACUGCAGGUGUCGCCCGGCUGGUGGAACUCGAAAUAAGACUCGUCAGUUGAUUCUGAGAUUAAAGAGGGCUCGUUCGAUUUCCACUUCCGUAAUGGCAUGCAAGCAGACGCAAGAGCAUCGGUCACCUUAUGUCGCAACAUUUGAGCUUCCUCAAACACGUCAGUACCUGUCAGCAGAUCAUCUACAUAAAAAUCAUGAAGAAUGGCUUCCGCGGCUUUUUUAUCCUGGCAUUCAAGACCGAUUUGUUUGAUACACCUAGUUGCGAGAAACGGUGCACUAGCUGUGCCGUACGUCACCGUAUUUAAUUGGUACGUUUUAAAAGUGUUAUUAAAAUUAUCACGCCAAAUUAUUUGCUGCAGGUGCCUAUCUGAAGGAUGUACAGACACCUGCCUGUACAUUUUCUCAACAUCAGCAGAAAGGACGUACUUAUGCAUUCGAAAUCUAAGAAGGAUUGCAGUCAAAUCGUCCUGAACGGUAGGUCCCACCAUUUGGAUUGCAUUUAAAGAGAUUCCAGAGGUAGUGGGUGCACUAGCAUUAAAAACAACGCGUAAUUUGGUUGUGAUACUACUUUCGCGCAGGAUUCCGUGAUGAGGAAUGAAAUAUGACUGUAAAUUUUCAUUAAUGUGACACUCUGACAUAUGACCUAAAUUAAUAUACUCAGUCAUGAAGUCUUUGUACAUUUUAUCGAGUGAAGGUUGUUUGUGAUUUCUGCGCUCUAAUGACAAAAAACAUCGUUUUGCACGAUGAUAUGAGUCGCCUAAAAUAUCCGUAGAUGCCUUCAGCGGUAUUUUAACGCAAAAACGGCCAUCUGACAGGCGCGUCGUGUUUUUUAUAAAGUGUUCUUCACACAUUUGCUCCUCAGCUGAAUAAGUUGAUGCAUCACGGCCAACUUCCUCAAGCUGCCAGAAACGCGUCAAUUGGUUUCGGAUGUCAGUCAACUCAUUCGAACUGGAAGACGAAGAACUUUCGCAACAAUCAUUAACAUAAUUACAGUUAAUUGAAUUAUUAUCAUAGCCGCCGUUAAUUGGGCCACAAACUAGCCAACCUAGUCUAGUUUGAUAAAGUGUUGGUUUCCCAUCACCUAAUAAGACUUUAUCUGAUCCUAAUAAACUCCAGAAUACGCCAGCUCCUAUAAUAAUAUCAAUAGAAGCAGGUGUGUGGAAAUACGGAUCAGCUAAAUGAAUAUUUGAAGGUAUGUUUACGUGUACCUGUCGAGCGGGAACGUUAUCUGUAAUUGUGGGUAAGACAAAACAAGUUAAGUCGUUUGAGUAUGAUUCGUGCAACGAUUUAAUGUGUACUCGACACAUUUUUUUAAUAUGCGACAGAGAAUUGUUAAUACCUUGUAUAGAUUUGUUUGUAUUCAAGUAAGGCAGCUGUAACUUAUUAAAUAAAUUCUCCGUCAUUAAACAAGCCGAACUACCAGAAUCAAGGAGCGCUCGAGCGAUGUGUUCCUCAUUAUUAACAUCGUAGCACCUAAUUAAUGCAGUUGACAAUAAAAUGUUACCUGUGCUGCUCGUAUGCGAUUGUGCGAAGAUAUUAGCUGAGAGCGCAACGUGAUUAUUAUUGUUUGUGUCGGCACUGGAGGAUGACUCAGCGCUAGCCUUAUCAGUAGUCCCAGGUGAUUUACUUGAAGCAGGUUUAUAAUCUGAGUUGUGAAUAAGCGUGUGGUGCUUGCGUUUACAUAUUUUGCACCCUGAUUUCUUGCAAUUGCUGGGAUAAUGACCGUGACGCAAACAAUUAUAGCAUAGCUUAUAGCCAGGCAGUAAGGACAUUCUAUCGUUGACACUUAGUGAUAAAAACUGUGGGCAUGAAUUGAGAUUAUGAUCGCUUUUACAUUUUGGACAACUACGUGACAAUGAACUACUAAUGUUUUCUGUCGUUACAAAGGAUUUAAUUUUAGUGUUUUGUUUUGUGUUUGUGUGUGUAUCUGUGGAGUGACGUGAUUUUUCCAGUGUUUCUAUUAACUCAGCGCGAUUACGCAUAAACUCAAUGAACUGAUCAAAAGUGAUUCGUUUCGAUUUAUCAAUACGCCCUUUAUAUUCCUCCCACUCUCGGAAUGUUUUAGUGUCUAGUUUUUGUCUGAUUAUGUAAAUAAGUAAUGUGUCCCAACUAUCAACAGGUUCACCUAAUGUUUUUAACGCUCUGAUAUUUUUGUUGACAUUGUCUACGAUGCUCUUUAAUGCAGUUGAGGACUCCUUAGCGAUUGAUUCGAUAUUAAAUAAUGCGGUAACGUGAUUCUCAAUCAAUAAUCUUUCAUUAUCGAAUCGCUCACAUAGAAGUUCCCAUGCCAUGUUGUAGUUUUGAGCAGAAAACUCGAUUGAUUGUAUGACGAUAGCAGCAGAUUCUGUCAGCGAUGAUCUCAAAUAAUGGAAUUUAUUUAUCUCGUCUAUGUCGUCAUUGCCGUGAAUGAGACUAGUGAAGGUAUCGCGAAAUUCAAGCCAACUGUUAUAGGAACCUGAAAAUUUCGGUAAUUGUAUGGUGGGCAACUUGAUGAAUUGACGCUUACUACUAGUGGUUGAUUUUAUUUCCUCUUGUUCAGAUUUUGAAUAUUUAUUUAACAUGACUUUAGCUUGAGCCACUAACUCAUAAUAUUGAGAUUCGAUUGAGGUUCGUUCAAGUACCUCGGCGUCAAUUUCACACAUACAUUCUAGCUGUAAUUGAAUUUCGUUAAAUUCGUUGUAUAAAUCUUCUAAUUUAUUGACACGCAAUUGCAACUCCAUUACCUGAGACGGACUUACUGUGGAAUCUUGUAAUUUGUUUAAAAACGUUGAAAAUACAGUUAAUCUUCCUUUAUAGCUGCUUCGCUUUUUUCUAAGUUCUUUAACGUCAGUCAUUUUGAAAGGAGGGUGUCGUAGACCUGAAAUUGUACAGUAAUAAUAUUAAAUUACGAAACUAUAUGUCACAAAAAUACCUAAUGUUAUGAAUAAUGAAACUAAGCAACAAUGAUGAUGAAUUAUUAACAAAACAUUCACUGCAAAUUAUAAUGAACUACCGUAGUUAAGUAGGUAGGUAAGGUUAACUAUUCUGAUGAAUAAUGUAACAAACAAAUUAAUUACUUUAUCUACGUUUUAAAGGAUAUACAAAGCAACAAUUAUGUAAUUGUAAAGAUUAAUUUGAAUAAAUAAUGUUUUGUAAAUCAACAAUAAAAAGUUAACUAAUGUAGGUAAACAUUAACACUACUGUACUGUAUUUUUAAGCACAUAUUAACUUUAUUUUACAAAAUAUAUUUUAAUCUAAUGCUCUGUACAUAAUUCCUUGUAAAUAAAUUGUAUAAAGUUGUAAAUAAUUUGUAAAUAUGUAUAAAUAUGUUACUAACCUUUUCUUUGUUCUUAUAAUCGCUACUUAAUUCCUAUGUUAAUUACCUAUAUUACCUGAUUUAUUAUUAUGAGUGUUGGGUGAAUUUAAUUAAUAUUAUAAUGCUUUGGCUUUAACACUUCUUGUUUGAUUUCACUCGUUGUUCAAUCCACUUUUUCCAAAACGUGUUCGUCACCUCUUCACUCUGGUACUUAUUAACUCCAAUUUCCAAAAUAUCCAAUAUUUAGAUUAUUCCACUUUGCUGGUUGUAGAUGAUGGAUCAUCCGGCUCGUACGGACCAUGUAGAAAAUGGUGAUAGCUCAGUAGAAUAUUUCGGGAAUAAAAAAAUCAGGAACGUAGCUUGCAGUGUGCAGUUUUAAUAAAAAAAAAAAGUGAAUGACAUGACAUUUAAAUUAACAAAGGUCAGGGACUUUAAGCGCCUGUUACAAAUGUUAUAAUUAAAUCUUACAAACUAUGUCUUAUUGCUAUUCACAAUUUAAGAGGCGCUUCAACAGUUGGAAUAAUGUUGAAAUUUUACUGAAGUAAUUUGGUGUAGCUGGAUGUGCCGGUGCCAGUACAAUAGUUUUAAUUAAUUUAAUACAAUAGACUGAGAUUAUACCGAUGUAGUGAUAAGCUUUGGUGAUAGACAUCAUGACUGUAGUUCCCAGACCCCUCUGGAUGGGGUACGAACCCGCUCGCAAGUAGACUCAAGAA